AUGCCUUUCAUCGAAGCACAUAUUUCCACUUCAUCCAUCGAUUUUGACUUGGAAGCGGAACAUCACCAUGGCAUCACUAUUGAUCUUUUCCUCCAACACAAUCGCCCAAUCACGUUCCCUAUUAAAGAUAUCCGUCUUUUCGAAUCCCCUAUGAAUGAAGGUGGUCUGACCUUCACUGACACCGAGACUGGCACCGAGGCUCGUCGAAAUAUAAUCUCUAUCCCUGGGCCCGGUCACCAAGGGUCUUUGCGAGAGGACAACAAAGGGUGCUUCCUUACACUACAUCCUGGACAGAAACAUACUAAGAACGGAUAUAUAUCGCGCAUAGAAAGUGGAGUUGGAAGCAUUGAACUCCCUGAGAAUAGCACUGUAGAAGAAUACAAGGAGGCAAUUGCAAAGCAGCCCAAGGUUUGGAAAUGGUGGAGUGCGGAGAAUCUCGAGAAUGGUCAUACUUAUCGAGUUGGGAUUGAUAAGGCAUCUACUAUAAAGGAAUGGUUUGAAGGGAGCAUGGAAGAGCUCCUUUGUAAGCCGUUGGCUGAGCGGACAGAUGAAAAGAUGAAGAAAGAGCCGAUUGUGAUCAAUGUAACUCAGCCAGCUGAGUUCACUAUGAAGAGGCCUGAUUCCGAUGGGAGUUUAGACUGGCCUUAG